AUGGCGGAGCCAACUGAUAUUAUAGAAGCCGCCGAUGACUCUUUCAGUGAUGAGGGUGCCGACGUGGGAGGAGAAAAUUCGCUUCUGACAUCUUUCUCUUCGAGUCUUGUGAAGGGUGUCGAGGAAAAUGGAAGAACCUACGCUUCUUAUGGGAAAGAAGCAACUAACGAGCACUGCGAAUGUCAAGAGUAUGGCGCGCCAAUGGACGAACAGGAGAUGGACAGAAUCGACAUGGCUCACGCUAAAUAUUUCAUGUUGUUGGAUAAAAAGAGAUGGCUUGCUCCAAUUCCCGCACAGCCACAGAAAGUCCUCGACCUAGCUUGUGGAACAGGAAUCUGGAGCAUCGACUUUGCCGAUGCAUAUCCAUCUGCAGAGGACCUCGCCGAAUUGUCAUUUCGAGAUCGACGACAUAGAACAGCCGUGGACAUGGAAGGAGGAAAGUUUCGAUUACAUCUUCGCUCGAGAUCUGCUGCUCUGCAUCCGAGACUGGCCCCGCCUACUCGACCAAUGCUACAAGUAUGCUCCUCCUCCCACGAUAACUCAGAAUUCUCAAGAGUAACCAAAAACUCACACAACAGACAUCUCAAACCGGGCGGAUGGCUCGAAUUCCAAUGCAUUGACGGGAGUCUCAAAUGCGACGACGGCACGCUCCCAGAAGACAGCCAAUUCAAAGAAUACGACCGCCUGCUCCGUGCCGCCGCAUCCGCAUUCGGCACCCCGCUCGAAGACCCAACGGGCUACGCCAAAUGGUUCGAAGGCGCGGGAUUCGAGGGCGUGACAGAGAAGGUCUUCAAAAUGCCGACGAGUCCCUGGCCCAAAGAUCCACGGCUUCGCUUAGUCGGAGCCUUUGAGCAGGAAAACCUAACGGUCAAUUUGGAGGGUAUCAGCCUGAGGGUCUUUGAGAAGGGUUUGGGGUGGAGCGCGGACGAAUCGGCUGUGUUCUUUGCGGCCGUGAGAAAGGAUAUAAGAAAUCGGAGGCAUCAUUCUUAUUACCCUUUCUAUGCUGUGUAUGGGCAGAAGCCUUCAACAGCUACUUCCAAUAGAUCUCCAUGA